UCACUGCCACGGAGACGGGAAGCCUUGUACCAAGAGUUACAUUUGCAGCAUACCAACAGAGGGAGUGUUGAUGAAGAUGAAGACAUCAAUUAUGUUUACCUGCCUUUUGGGUGCAUCGUUUGCAGUACCAGUAUAUCAGCAACGACAUGGAUUAUCAGCAAGUAACAGCAAUGAGUUCAUGCGGUACAAUGGAAAUGCAUACAACGGAGUUGGAUAUGGGCAACCACAGGUGCCGUACAUGCCUCCCUAUGUUUACCAGCAACAGCAGCCUGACAUGGGUCUGCCGUCCCAGCUGCCCCUUAACCCUCAGGUAGCUGGAGGAGCCGGACAAGGACCCAUGCCACCACAGGGGCCUCAGCCUCCUCAGGUAUUCCUGCCACCACAGGGGCGGCAGCCUCCUCAGGUAUUUCUGCCACCACAGGGGCCUCAGCCUCCUCAGGUAUUCCUGCCACCACAGGGGCCACAGCCUCCUCAGGUCCUGCCGCAGUCCCCACUGCCUCCUCAGGGAAACAUGCCUCCCCAGGUUCUCUUUCCACCCUACCAGAAGGACCAGUCACCUAACGCACCACGGCAACCACUCAACCCAUGGGACUCUAAUGCUCCUCAGCAGCCACAACAGCCCAACCAGGGCAUGCCUUACUACAUAGGCUAUGGUUACCCACAACCAAACCAUCAUGCUGUCUGGCAGCCAACACAGGAACAAGCCCAGCAGCAUCUGGAGCAGCCAACACAGGCGUCUCAACAGCCAAAGCAGGAAAGCACAGGCAAACGGCCUCCCGUAUUUGGAACAGAAACUAUGCUUCCUACAACUGCUCCUGGACAACUUGAAGGGGAUGUCAAUGCUGUUACAGAGAAGACUCAACCUGGUUUUGUACUUCCUUUUGAGCCAUAGGUAAUGAAAUAAAAAAAAUACAAUAUGCGCAAGUAACCUCCAG